AUGGAGUCUGUAGUGGUAGAAAUAAACGAACAAUCGGUGAGCAAUACUAGUUUUGUCGAUCAAGAACACUUUGAUGCAGAGUUACAAAAGUACUACAGUGGGCUAAGCCAAGAAUACAACUUCAACAAACUGACAGCUGAAGAAGUAAACUCCCUCGGGCAGACCUACGACUACGAUUCUAUCAUGCACUACGCCAGGAACACCUUCAGCAAAGGGACGUACCUGGACACCAUCCUGCCCUUAGAAGUACAUGGCAAGAAGCGACCAGAGAUCGGGCAGAGGGUCAGACUGAGUGUCAGCGAUAUAGCGCAGACGAACCUACUGUAUAAAUGUGCCAAAUGCGGUAAAACCCUGCUGGGUAACUCCGGCUGGUUCAACUCGCCCGGGUGGGGCUCCGAGGCAGUCCCGGCUACAGCCGAGCGCUGCGAGUGGCGGAUCGUCGCUACGCAUGGCGAACGAGUCGUGCUCAAUAUUACUGAAAUAGACAUCCACAAAUCCGAAGAAUGCCGAUCGGAAUGGGUAGAAGUCCGCGACGGAUACAUGCCAGACGCUCCCGUGCUCGGCAGGAUCUGCGGCUCUGGGAAAGGCCCUAUCAUGAGGUCUACUGGCUCCAGACUUACGGUGGUCUACCAGCCUGGCCCAAGACUGAAGCCGCAUAAGGGAUUUAAGGCACAUUAUGAAGCUGUUUGUGGUGGUGACAUUGAGGUGGACAGCAGUGGUCACUUGGAGUCUCCGAACUACCCUGAUGACUACCAACCAAACAAGCUUUGUGUGUGGAGCCUGUCAGUACCACCGGAAUACCAAGUGGCGUUGCGGUUCCAUUCCUUCGAGGUGGAGAACCACGACACUUGCUCGUAUGAUAAGGUGCUCAUUCGAGAUGGUGACUCUAUGGACAGCCCCCUUCUUGGCAUGUUCUGUGGCCAUAAGAUACCUCCGGAUAUCAGAUCCACCUCCAACAAACUGCUCGUGAUCUUCGAAUCCGACAGCACUGUCCAAAAGGCCGGCUUCUCUGCCACCUUCAUGAAGGAGUUCGACGAGUGUGCGUCCAUUGAGCACGGGUGCAGUCACUCCUGCGUCAAUACUCUAGGAGGAUAUGAGUGCGCUUGCGAUAUCGGAUAUGAACUGCAUUCAGACGGGAAGAAGUGCGAGAAUGCAUGCGGAGGUCUUCUCUAUGCUCCGAACGGGACCAUAACUUCCCCCUCUUUCCCGGACCUCUACCCUCCUUCCAAGAAUUGUCUAUGGGAGAUUGUGGCGCCCCCUCAGCAUAGGAUCACGCUUAACUUCACCCACUUUGACUUGGAAGGCAACAGCAUGUACCAACAGGUAGCUAUAGUCAGGGAAUGUGAGUACGAUAGCGUGACGGUGAACUCCAAACUCGGCGCCGACGUGCUUCGCCGUCACGGUGCGUUCUGCGGCAACGCUCUGCCGCCGCCUGUGACGUCAGACGGUUCAGUCUUGCGGGUCCAGUUCACUUCAGACUCGUCAGUCCAUCGCUCAGGCUUUGCCGCAGUCUAUUACAUCGACGUGGAUGAAUGCGCCGAGAACAACGGUGGUUGUCAGCACGAAUGCCACAACACUCUAGGUGGAUAUGAAUGUGCUUGCCACAGUGGGUUCACUCUUCAUCCAAAUAAGCACGAUUGCAAAGAGGGUGGUUGUAAACAUGACGUUACGCAGCCCCAUGGAACUAUUAUCAGCCCAAACUAUCCAGACACGUACCCGUCUAGAAAAGACUGCGUAUGGCAGUUCUCCACAACUCCUGGGCACCGCAUCAAGCUGAUUUUCAACGUAUUUGAACUGGAGCCUCAUCAGGAAUGCGCGUACGAUCAUGUCACUAUCUACGACGGAGCGUCUGCUGACGAGAAGACCCUGGGCCGUUUCUGUGGCAGCAAGAUCCCGCACCCAGUGGUGGCAUCUCAAAACCAGAUGUACGUGGUGUUCAAGUCUGACGCCUCUGUGCAGAGGAAGGGAUUCUUGGCCACACAUUCUACUGCAUGCGGCGGUUACUUAGCAGCAUCAGAAACAGUCAAGCACCUGUACUCCCACGCGCGCUAUGGCGACGACUCGUACGAAUCUCGCGCAGACUGCGACUGGAGUAUCGUAGCUCCUAUGGGCCAGUUCGUAAGGCUGACCUUCCUGACAUUCGAGCUGGAGCCAGAAGCUAACUGUGGCUAUGACUACGUCCAGGUCUUCGGGGGAUUGGAAGGGAGCGCUGGGGACUACGGCACGUUUUGUGGGACUAAGAUGCCUCCAGAAAUAGUGUCCACCACCGAAGCGUUGCUGGUCAGGUUCCGAACAGACGACUCCAUCGUAUUCAAAGGAUUCUCCGCGUCGUACCAAGCCGUCGCACCAGAGGUAUGGAGCGGAGAAGACAGCUCGGAAGGCGGAGAAGAUGAGGAAGAAGAAGAUGAACGUAUGCCGCCACUCGUCGUGGGGCGACGGGGACUCCGAGGCCCCUCGCCAAGAUUCGUUAGAAGGCCCACGUGACGGUGGCCAUUACCGCGGCAUCCGAGGCACAGGCGACCACACAGAAACACGCACAAUCGGUUUUUGCCGGCAAAAGGUCCAGGUCCAUUGUAAUUUUGUCGUUUCACCCCGAAAACGCGACAAAUGGUGUAUGGCAAAAUUUAGAAAGGUUAGCGUGUGUGCAAUGCAAACUCCAAAUUAAACUUUCGCGGGUAUAAAAGUUUUGGUUUGUCAAAUGUUGCCAGAUAAAAAAAAUAUACCAUACGUCAAUUUUAUUGGGACUUUAGGUCCGUAUCAGACUGAUAAUGUUUUAUGGAUUUUGCAUGUUUUGUUUAAUGAAGCACAUUAUUAGUCUCUUGCAGGCGUAGAUAAAGCUUGUUUUGUAUGACAUAAUCAACAAAACGCGUGAUGGAGCGUUCACAUAUUACAGGAUGCAUAAAUUAAACUAAUGUUGAGCGUGCAUUAAAAUCAAAGGUAUUGGCGGAGUCUUGAAUGUUUUUUCGCAUGCAAAGAACUUGUAACGGUAAUUAUUUGAGUCUUCAACAAAACGCCUUUUUGUUUAAAUAACCACUGCCUAUAAAAAAUUCGCAAUCCGCCAAUAAUGCACCUCUAAAAGACACAAAACUGUUUAGUUAUUCGCACAUUUGGUAAAUAACUAAGCUCACUUGUGACGUUUUGACCUUGAUUACUUUGAUAUUUAAUAAAAACGGUCUACUAAUAAUAAUAUUAAACUGCAAAAGUUUAAAUGAAAUUAUUUUUACGACUGAUUGGAAACUGUACAUAAAUUAUUAAAUAGUUAAGUAUAUGUUCUUUACUUAAUUUUAACUAGUGGUUACCACAAAAAUACUCAUUAAGAAUAUUAUACCUAACUAUUAGAAAGACAAUUGAAUAGGUUUAUGUGCUGUAAUCUGUACGUAAUCGAUUUUUGUUAGUAGUCAUAAUAUUGCAUAAUUACCAAAGAAUAAAAAAUAGCUCUGACAUAGUAAAACUGUUACUUACUGUUUAUUAUAUUACCUAGUGCCAUAGUUUAUGACGGUACUUAUUUAUACCGUUAAUAUUUUUUU